CAGUUGCAGAUUUUAUUGCGGGAAUCUGCUUUGCCUGUUUUUCAACACCAACAUUUCUUUUUGGCUUGAAGACUGCGUCGCAUCUUCUGCUAAUUCCUCCUCCGUUCGAAUUGCAGCCGACUCUUAGCUGGGUAUUUGUGCUGCAACAAUCGAUACACUCAUCCCUUCCUGAGACCUUUUUCUGACCUCACCUAUUCAACCAAAAAGUCCACUCAUCCAUAAUCAUGGCUCCUGUUUCUGCCUCCAAGGCGGCCCGCAUGGCCAAAAAGGCCGAGAAAGAAGGCGCUAAGAAGACCGCUGCCUCCAAGUUGUCGUCUAAGAAUGCCUCCACGAACGGCUCGAAAGCCUCAUCAGUCAAUGGCGACGACGGCCCGCCCAUGCUUGACGAAGAUGAAGAAGACACCCCCGCUACCACCGCCGAUAAGAUGGACAAAGUCAAGCAAUUGACCGAACAGAUGGACAAACACGGUAUUUCCGAUCGAGUCACCACUGGUGUUCUCGCCUCCCUGGAAGCCAGCCGGGACGUCAAAAUCACUUCAGCCUCGCUCACUUUCCACGGCAAGGUUUUGAUCCAAGAUUCAACACUCGAGAUCAACUACGGUCGACGAUAUGGUCUGCUCGGUGAAAAUGGCUGCGGCAAGUCGACAUUGCUGAAGUCCAUUGAUAGGCGAGAAUAUCCUUUCCCUGAACAUGUCGAUAUCUACCUCUUGAAUGAAGGCGCCCCUCUCACUGAUCAAGGCGCUCUUGAAUGGGUCGUGAAAGAGGCGGAGAAAGAAGUUCAGCGACUGGACGAUUUGGCUGAGGAGAUCCUCGAGAGAGAUGGUCCUGAAAGUCCUCAGCUCAUGGAAAUCUAUGAGCGUUCUGAAUCUAUGGACCCCAAUACUUUCGAGACUCGCGCUUCCCUCAUCCUUACUGGGCUGGGUUUCAACAAAAAGACCAUCCACAAGAAGACGAGAGAUAUGUCCGGUGGUUGGAGGAUGCGUGUGGCCCUUGGACGAGCACUGUUCGUCAAGCCUUCGCUACUUUUGCUCGAUGACCCGACAGCCCAUCUCGACCUUGAAGCUUGUGUGUGGCUGGAAGAAUACCUCAAGAAGUGGGACAGAACCCUCAUCUUGGUUUCUCACUCGAUGGAUUUCUUGAACGGUGUCUGCACCAACAUGAUCGACAUGCGAGCAAAACAACUCAUGUAUUAUGGUGGUAACUACGACUCGUACAGCAAGACUCGAUCCGAAAACGAAACCAAUCAGCAGAAGGCCUAUGUCAAACAACAGGACGAAAUCACACAUAUCAAGAAGUUCAUUGCCUCUGCAGGUACCUACGCCAACUUGGUCCGACAAGCCAAGUCAAGACAGAAGAUUUUGGAUAAGAUGGAAGCCGAUGGAUUCAUUCAACCGGUGGCUCAAGAUCGUGUCUUCACAUUCAGGUUCGCCGACGUGGAGAAGUUGCCACCUCCAGUCCUGUCGUUUGAUGAUGUCACAUUCGGCUACUCUGGAAAGCCAGAGGACAAUCUCUACGAACAUCUCGAUCUCGGUGUGGACAUGGACAGCAGAACAGCACUAGUGGGACCCAACGGUGUCGGCAAGUCCACAUUGCUUCGAAUCAUGACAGGGAAGCUCUCUCCUACCAGUGGUUCAGUCAGCAGACACACCCAUUUGAAACUUGGUCUUUAUUCUCAGCAUUCGGCUGAGCAGCUUGACUUGACCAAGUCAGCACUCGACUUCGUUCGAGACAAGUACUCCAGCAUCUCACAAGACUACCAAUACUGGAGACAACAGCUUGGUCGGUAUGGCUUGACUGGGGAGGGUCAGACUGCCUUGAUGGGUACACUGUCAGAAGGUCAACGAUCUCGUGUCGUCUUUGCUCUUUUGGCGAUUGAAAGCCCAAACAUGUUGCUCCUGGACGAACCCACCAACGGUCUCGAUAUCCCCACUAUUGAUUCUUUGGCCGAUGCUAUCCACGCCUUUUCUGGUGGUGUGGUAGUUGUUUCUCACGAUUUCAGAUUGCUCGACAAGAUCGCCAAAGAUAUUCUGGUGUGCGAGAACAAGACCGUAACCCGAUGGGACGGCACUAUUGGCGAGUACAAGAACCAUCUGCGAAAGAAGAUGGUUUCCACUGGCCAGGUGUAAAGAGCUCUUUUUUAUUGCACGAAAUUGCAUUGCGACGCCUCUAGACUGCUGAUCAGGAACGAGAUUGACGACGAUUCUGUUGAUUGGCAAAGAUAAUUCGAUGCGGCACUACAGGCGUUCGGGAUAGACGGGGUUCUUUUCGACGAGUCGAAGACUGCAGGUGGAUGUGUGGUCUUCGCUGAUGCCGAACAUGCCCGGACAGACGGCCUUUGGUCGUUUCAGUCUCUGACGAACAUGUCAGUGUCGGCAGAUGGUAGACGGGAUGGAUGUCACAGCGACAUUCAUUCCGUUGGUGAUAGGUAGAAAAGAUACGAGGACGUACUACUUGAAAUAUUGAACCGACCUUAGUUUCUCCACCACGUUGUAUUCGUGUGCUCGCCUGCUGAUACCUUGUUCGC